GCGGAAGUUGUUUUCUUUUCUGGAUUGAUCACGUAAACAAAUACGUUGUCCAAUUUUGUGGUGUUCUUUCAUUGAUAUACGAUUCUUGAAUCUUCUUUGGUGAAGCAGAAGAAGCUGUCAAAAUGGGUGAACGAAAAGGAGUAAACAAGUACUACCCUCCAGACUUUGACCCGGCCAAGCAUGGCUCCAUCAAUGGGUAUCGCAACAGCCACCCCCUCAGGGAGAGGGCCCGAAAGCUCUCCCAGGGCAUCCUCAUCAUCAGGUUUGAGAUGCCCUACAACAUCUGGUGCGAUGGCUGCAAGAACCACAUUGGCAUGGGUGUGCGAUAUAAUGCUGAGAAGAAGAAAGUGGGAAAUUAUUACACCACGCCCAUAUACAGGUUCAGGAUGAAGUGCCACCUGUGCGUGAACUACAUUGAGAUGCAGACGGACCCGGCCAACUGUGACUAUGUCAUCGUGAGCGGGGCCGAGCGCAAAGAGGAGCGCUGGGACAUGGCCGAGAACGAGCAGAUCCUCACCACAGAGCACAGUGAGAAGCAGAAGCUGGAGACGGACGCCAUGUUCAAGCUGGACCACGGGGGCAAGGACAAGGAGAAGCUGCGCGCGGCUCUGCCCUCCCUCGGGGAGCUGCAGGACCACCAGGCCGCCUGGAAGGACGACUUCCAUCUCAACCAGAGCCUGCGCAAGAAGUUCAGGGGUGAGAAGCGAGUGAUGACGGAGCAGGAGGAGAGGGAUGACGAGGUACGGAAAAGGACCAAUCUGUCCAUCCCCCUAGUCCCAGAGAAGGAGGAAGACAAGAGGCUGGCUGCACUACUAACCUUCCAGGCCGCUGACUCGUAUGACGACCGUCAGCAGAGCAAGCGCAAGGAGAUCACCUCUCGCUCCUGGUUCAGCUCCCCCUCCUCCUCCUUCUCCUCCUCUUCCUCCUCCUCCUCCUCCUCCUCUGCCUCCUUGUCUUCCUCCUCCACUCCUGCAGGGCGCGCUGCAGGGAGCGCUGCAGGUAGCCUGCUCCACAAGCUCAGCCUGCAGGGCAAAGGGGCGGCGGUCGCCAAGGCCCUCAGCUCCCCGGCUACGGUGUCCGCCGCGGCACUCAGCCUGGUGCGCAGACGCACCAGCGAUGACCUUCCACGACCCCUAGAGACGACUGCCAACACCGCAGCAGCUGCUUCCUCUACCAGCACUGCUGCUACCGCCAACACCAACGGGAACCGUUCAAACGAGUCGCGGGAAUCCACAGGGACUGGGUUGGGUGUUGCACAGCAGACCUGCCAGACGGGUAAAGAGGCUUCGGCGGCGGAGGUGGGUGUCGGGUGUGGGAAUGGAGAAUCCAGUACAAGCACGGUCGUGGGCAGUGCUGCUAACGGAUCAUCAUCAUCAUCAUCAUCAUCAGGGAAUUGUGGGAAUGGGGAGGAGCAUACGAAGGCAUCCGGUGGUGGCGUCAUCAGAUCUCUUGUAGCAGACUACAGUGACUCUGACCCCGACAGUGACAACAGUGAAUCGUAGCUGCCCAAGAACAGUUUUAAGUCUUCAACAGCUUUUAUAAUGACAUGUAUGAUCUAAUCCCUGCUUGUAGGGUUUUUGUGACGUGAGAUUGUGUUGUUGUUGGUACCUGUGUGUAUUCUGUGGGAGCACGAGGCAUUAACUCUGAAUGUCUGGACAGGAAGAAAACAGAUUGGGAGAGUAGGGAUCAGUGGCUGUAAACAUCAAUAAAUACUGGAAUAUAAAGACACACACUCCUAGUGAAACGUCCUGAGGCAAGUGAUGAUGUUGAUGUUCGACGGCUGCUGAGAGAAUAUGGUCUGAAGCUGGAAGUCACAAACUACAUGUUGAACAGUUAACAGCAAUGUUCUAACGCGCUAUACUUGCAAGGGCAAAAAUGUUGCCUGUUUAUGUCCAUAAAUCUCUUGGAGUCCUUCAUUUGCUUCUGUAAGUGAGGGUCUAUUAUUGUAAAUAUACCUAUUGUUGUCUGUUUUAAGACAAUCUAGUUUAAGAUUGCACCUGUUAGUAAAAAGUCUUAAUGUGAAUUUAAACAGUAGGCAGAGGAAUGUCUGUGUGGUGAAAUAGAGUUGAGUGAAAACAAAUCUGCCUUUUCAUGCGUUGAUGCGUUUGUGUAUCGCGCAGUCUGGAAUCUACAUGCAAUACACAUGACUGUACAGUACACCUGUGAAAUCUUAAGGAGAGGGCUUGUAAUAUUGACCUGGUAAAUGCAUGAUUUAGUAAUAUGAUUUGAGACACAAAUAAAUCUGCCUCCUCA